GUCAAUGCAGAACAGAAUAUACAGCAAAGCAAAAAUGCUCUCAGGAAAUCUAUUGAAUUCUAUUCACUUACCCAGACUUGCUAGCUACGCAAUACGCUGAACCAGCAACAGAAAGUAAUGCGAAACAAAAAAAAAAUCAGGCUGAAAGGUGUUAAACGGGACCAUCAUCGGAAUCUUUUCUAUGAAUAAGCACUUCAAUCGCUUUCACUUCUCUACGCACAAGAGGCGCCGUGGAGCUGCUUGCCUUGGAGAACCAGCUAGUCCAGCCAACUAGCUCCUGUUAAUCGCCUCAGCGAAUGAAAUCUCAUCCCACGUAUCCCGACUACGACCGGACGGAGCAAAGGGACAAUUGCCCACAGCUAGCUGGCUAGCCAGCGAGAUUAAUGGGAAUUCAAAACUUGUGACAGCAGUUAUUUAUUUUUCUAUAAAUUUGCCUAUGUAUUUAUUUGCAUAAACAAUAAAAAGGACUUGAACGGAGAGAUGUCUGCGCCGGGAUUCACAAAUCUGAACUCAUUUGCCGGUUACGGCAUGAACGCAACGCCGAAUGGAGGAGCGGCUCCCCCCUAUCAGAAUGGUCCAGGACAGACGUACCAGUCCAUGUACCCUGCGACUGGGUACUACAACACCCCUCACCCCAGCUACCCUGUCCACCCAGGUCCCUGCACCCCAACUCCCAGCAAAGCCCCUGUGAUGAACAAUCAGUACAACCCCGGCUACUACCACAACAGCCAUCAGCAGCCUCAGCAGCCCACUGCCACACAGGGGCCUGGCCCCUCCCCGUACCAGGAGUCCCAGCCCCCUCCCCCUGCUCAGCCCUAUACCACUGCCAUGCCCCCUUCCUCCACCCCUCUCCACACCCCCCGGCACCCUCCUCCAUUCCAGCAGCCCGCCCCCUAUUCUUCUGCCUACUACGGACCAUACUCCACCUCUCAGGGACCUCCUCCCCCACCGCAGCCCUCUGGUCUGGUGACACCGGCCAACGACGGCAGCACUCCCUUGUACCCCAUCGUGUCCUACCCCUCAGCGCCAGGGAGCAGUCAGUACGGCACACUGAGGUCCUCCCAGAACCAGGGGCUCGGGCCCGCUCCCAGCAUCAUGGCGGCUCCGAUCCCCGCCCCUGCCCAGCAGGUUCCCCUGGUAACCAACGCCCAUCCGGUGCCCGCCACAGCUGGUCCUCCAGGCUACAGUGUGAUGCCGCCUGCCACUCCAGCUGCUGUCAACGGCCAGGUUAACCCAGCCUCACCUCCACUCCUGCAACACUAUGACCAAAGCUCCCCUGCUGUCAUGGCGCAUGCAUUCGGAGGGGUCCACCAUGACUUGAGUGGCCCUGCUGGGGACGGGCCUCCAUCUGGGACCCCCUCCACCUCUGUCCAUUCCUCCCCGGGCCACCAGCAAGGCAUGCACUACGGAUAUGUUGCUAAUAGUGGAGGUAGUUCUGCGCCCGCGGCAGCCCCCUCGUCAUCGAGCUCCUCUGAUGAGGACGAGGAGGAGGAGGAGGAUGAGGAAGCAGGUGCAGACAGCUCCUCCACCACCAGCAGCGCGUCUCCUGUACCCAACAGCUACGAGUCCUUAGAGGGAGGCAGCUACCCAGACUCCUCUAUUCCCCCCACCUCUGAUGCAUCCAAAGCACCCCCACCUUUUGGUUAUGGAUAUCCCAGCAUCCCGCCAGCCUAUCAGCAAAGGACAGCCUCCAUAGCAAACUCCUCCCCCUCCCAUGGUGGGUACAACCCACCUGGAUACCAGCAGUUUUCACAGCCCUUUCCCAGCAUGUCCCAGCUGUCGGCGGCCUUGGGGGGGCUGAGCGUGCCAGAGCUGCAGGUGGAGGGGCUGCGACCCGUCAACCUGCUGCAGGAGAGAAAGAUCCUGCCCCCCGGGCCGGUGCAGCCUCCCGAACCCAACCUGAGCGCCGAGCUGAAGAAGGCCAACUGCAGCCCACACACAUUCAGAUGCACCCUGACCAAUAUCCCUCAGACCCAGGCACUGCUGAACAAAGCCAAGCUUCCUCUGGGAUUACUGCUGCACCCUUUCAGAGAUCUGACACAGCUGCCUGUCAUCACGUCCAAUACGAUAGUGCGGUGCCGCUCCUGUCGGACCUACAUCAAUCCGUUCGUGUCCUUUUUGGACCAGAGGAGGUGGAAAUGCAAUCUGUGCUACAGGGUCAACGAUGUUCCUGAUGAGUUCAUGUACAACCCUGUGACUCGGUCCUAUGGAGAGCCCCACAAGAGGCCGGAGGUGCAGAACUCCACGGUGGAGUUCAUAGCAUCCUCGGAUUACAUGCUUCGGCCCCCUCAGCCUGCGGUCUAUCUCUUUGUCCUGGAUGUGUCGCACAGCGCUGUGGAAGCUGGCUAUCUGCAGGUCUUCUGUCAGUCUUUGCUGGAGAACCUGGACAAGUUACCGGGAGACACGCGCACUCGAGUGGGGUUCGUCACGUUCGACAGCACCAUCCACUUCUACAACCUGCAGGAGGGCCUCUCUCAGCCUCAGAUGCUGGUGGUGUCCGAUAUCAACGAUGUCUUCAUCCCCACCCAUGACAGUCUGCUGGUUAACCUGAACGAAAGCAAAGAGCUGGUGAAGGACUUACUGAACGCCCUUCCCGGCAUGUUCACCCACACCAGGGAGACACACAGCGCCCUGGGCCCCGCCCUCCAAGCCGCCUUCAAGCUCAUGUCCCCCACUGGGGGGCGUGUCUCCGUCUUCCAGGCCCAGCUGCCCACCCUGGGGGCGGGGCUGCUGCAUUCCCGGGAGGACCCCAACCAAAGAUCCAGCACCAAGGGCGUACAGCACCUGGGACCAGCGACAGACUUCUACAAAAAGCUGGCACUGGACUGCUCUGGCCAGCAGAUUGCAGUGGACCUGUUCCUCCUCAGUUCCCAGUACUCCGAUCUGGCCUCGUUGGCCUGCAUGUCCAAGUACUCUGCUGGGAGCGUCUUCUACUACCCCUCCUUCCACCACAUCCACAACCCGCCCCAGGUGGAGAAGUUCCAGAAGGACCUGCAGCGCUACCUGACCCGGAAGAUCGGCUUCGAGGCCGUGAUGAGGAUACGUUGCACCAAAGGGCUAUCCAUCCACACCUUUCACGGGAACUUCUUCGUCCGCUCGACCGACCUGCUCUCGCUGGCCAACGUCAACCCCGACUCGGGCUUUGCGGUUCAGAUGUCGAUAGAGGAGAGCCUGGCAGACACUUCGCUGGCCUGCUUCCAGGCGGCGCUUCUCUACACCUCCAGCAAAGGGAAAAGGCGGAUCAGGGUUCACACGCUGUGCUUGCCUGUGGUGAACCAGCUGAGCGAUGUGUUUGCUGGGGCUGAUGUUCAGGCCAUCACCUGCCUCCUGGCUAACAUGGCCAUCGACCGCUCGGUGUCCUCCAGCCUGUCGGACGCACGGGACGCUCUGGUCAACGCGGUGGUGGACUCGCUGUCCGCAUACCGUUCGGACGCCUCCACCCUGCAGCAGUCCGGGCUCAUCGCCCCUGCCUCCCUGCGCCUCUUCCCCCUCUACGUGCUGGCGCUCCUCAAGCAGAAAGCUCUGCGCACGGGCACCAGCACGCGCCUGGACGACCGCGUCUUCGCCAUGUGCGAGUUCAAGAGCCAGCCCCCGCAGCACAUCAUGCGCACGGUCCACCCGGACCUGUACCGUGUAGACGACCUGUCCGACCAGGGGGCGCUGCACCUGAGUGACUGUGUGGUUCCGCAGCCUAGUCUGCUCCAGCUCACAGCUGAGAAGCUGACCAGAGAGGGCGCCUUCCUCAUGGACUGCGGCAACGUGCUUUACCUGUGGGUAGGGAGAUGUUGCAACGAGCUGUUCAUCAGAGACGUUCUGGGCUGCCCGAACCACGCCUCUAUACCACAAAACAUGACUCAGAUUCCAGAGCUGGAUACCCCCGCCUCAGAGAGGACGAGAGCUUUUCUCGGCUGGCUUCAGGAGACACGACCUUUCGCUCCCAUUCUUGCUGUAGUGAAAGAUGACGCCACAGCCAAGACCAGUUUCUUCCAGCACUUGGUAGAAGACCGGACAGAGUCGGCAUUGUCCUACUACGAGUUCCUGCUCCAUAUCCAGCAGCAGAUGUCCAAAUAGAUAGUCCUAGGUACGCCAGCCCUACAGUGUGAGGGCAGUAGGAUCUCCCAGUGCCUGCAGCACGGUCCGUCUUUUGCUGGGGAGCUGCACCUGACUUGGUAGGUUAGGACCACAGAAGGAACAGCGCCCCCUGGUGUAGCGUUGGGAGAGGCAGCGCGGCCAGGGGGGGAGGGGAUCGGGAUGAAUGAAAAAAAGGAAGAUGAAGACGACGAGGAAGAGGGCGAAGGAAAGCUUGGUGGGCUGUAGACCCGUGUAGCAUCCUGGACUGGCCCCCUCCUCCGUUUCCUCGACAGCACCGAGCGGAGAGCGUGCUCGGUGCGCCGUCGCUGCUUUCCGCCGUCAGAGUCCCCGUGUAGGCACUCAACGAGCUGAUGUCUCCCCCGAGGAAUGAAGGCGAAUGAGUGCUACCUUAUCUUAUUUAAAUGCAAAAAACCCUCCAAAAAAUUCCAAUAAAAACCUUGUAUCAGAGUGAGAGAGCCAUCCUGCAUGUCUUGUGCUUAAUUAUGUUUUUGAAGUCUGUCAAAGCCCCA